AUGCAAAGGAAAGGCCAGUCAACCGCUAUGCACAUCACGAAUAUCACUUUGGGUUCAGUCCACUCACGAACGAGUAUAAGGUUCUCCAGGUGCUUUCCUGGAGAUAAAUGGGAUCUUGUCUUCAACACGUUCACACUAGGUAGGGAUUCUUGGUGGAGGCCAUUGCAGGUAGACCAUGGCGAUCUUCCUUUUGAUGCUCUAGCUUAUGCCUCUGACUCAUAUGGAAAGAGUACUGCCAAGGAGACAUUCAAAGCGCUGCCACUACCUGAAGAUUAUGAUCAAGUGUUUGCUAAUUAUUACGCUGAUCAAGAUUAUGAAAACUAUUCUAGUGAUAAUGCCAAUGAUUAUUGCUGUCCAACUAUGGUUAAGGUGGGAGGAUGCGUAGGUGUGUUUGCUGACAUGUCAUGGAAACAUGACAAGAUCUUGUUAUGGAUUUUGAAGGACUAUCAAAACAUUGUGUGGGUUAAGGAGACCAUUAGCUUGGCGUCAGAGAGAGAGGACCUUGGUUAUCAGCGCUACAUUGAAGCUUUGGGUACAAUCCACACAGGAGAGUUUGCCCUCGUGCACUAUUUUCUUGGAUUUUCACCAGGAUAUAUGACGAUGGUCCACCCGAAUUGCGUCUUUAUGAUAUGA